CCCCUUUCGAGAAUCAACAAAUCAUCACAACUAACACCGUCACAUGAAAUUUCCCAGUUAAAACAUCUUUUCAAAUUUCUUUCUCUGUUCUUCACCAGUUUUAUAAUACCUUAAUCCAAGCGUAAGUAAUAAUGUCCUGGUUGGCUCGCUCAAUUGCCAACAGUCUCCAUCUCGAUGAGGAUGCCGAUUUGGUUGCUCAAAAUGACAGUGCACCACUGACCCACCCUGAAGAUGGCGGAAGACCCGGAGAUCAAUACCCAGAAAAUAUAAUUUCCAAAGACGAAGGAGAACGGUAUGUGGAAGAUCGAUCGUUAUAUGCUAAUGACGAUGAUAAUGAUAAUGAUGAUGAUGAUGAUGGUAGUCGUAAUAAUCUACAUGGGCUGAAAGAGGAUCUAUCAGAAUUUAAAGAGCAAUUUACGCGUCAAUUACGGGGUGUGGCUUCAUUUCUGGCUCCUCCUCCACCUCCGCUGCCGAGGCAGAAAUUGGGGUUGUGCUCUGAAUCGAAAUUGAAGAAGGAAGGAUUGGAGUAUGAGGAGGAGGAGGGAGAAUUGGAGGAAUGUGGUGAAGGCGAGCCUGGGCAGUUUGGAGAUCAUUCGAAUUUAUUACAAUCAAAGGAUUACUAUAGGCCAGAAGACGCGGUGGGGAUAACGGAGGAAGUUUUGGCCUUUGCGAGGAAUAUUGCGCAUCAUCCUGAGACCUGGUUGGAUUUUCCUUUAUCAGAUGAAGAAGAAUUUGAUGAUUUCGAUCUAUCUAAUGCUCAGGUCAAGCAUGCAUUGGGUGUUGAACAUCUAGCACAAAGAUUAGCUGCUCUUAGAUAUGAACUUUGCCCUGCCCAUAUGAGUGAGGGUUACUUUUGGAUGGUCUAUUUUGUUCUUCUGCACUCAAGAUUAAGUAAACAUGAUGCUGACCUUUUGUCUACACCGCAGCUCGUGGAAGCUAGAGCUAUGUGGAUGCAAGAGCUACAAAAGCGAACAAAGGCCGAGUCUGAUUGGUUUGGAAGUAGUGCAUUUUAUUCAAAAGAAAGUGUGGAUUCACCGCAUGAGAUUUUUUCAGCAUCCUCGUAUGAAGACGCUCAUUAUGGGAAUAUGUCAGGCAGGAUGGUUCCUUUUGAUUCAAUGGCAUGCCAAGCAACAAAUGAUUGUGAGAUAGAAAAACACCCUCUUGAAAGUAAUGAAAUCGAGUUCAUCGACAAGUCUGUUAUUGAAGAAGACCCCGCAAGUAAACCUGUGGAAAAGGAGACAGUCGGUCCAUCAAUCGAAUUGCAAGUCCAGGAUUAUAACAAGGAUUAUGAUGAUGACGAUGAUUGGCUAAAGGAAGACCCCGACUUAGUUGAGUGCUCUGGCACGACAAUUUUCGGAAAUGGGGAAGACGUAUCGUUCAGUGAUCUUGAGGAUGAUAUUGAUUGCACUAUGCCUGCGAAUUACAAAAUAGUCUCCAGUGAUGAGAAUAAACCAACCAAAACUUAAUGAGUGUGGAGGUGUCUGAUAUUUCCUGGGUUGAUCUGCGUCUUGGUCACCUUUUGGGACUCGGAGAACCCAAAGAUCUGUAUGAUGCUUGCAGGGAUGACUCAUGAGUUGCCUUUGCAAGAUUGGAAGUGUUAGAAUUCUCACUGAGUUUGCUUGAAGAGCUCGCGAGGACUGUAAAUAAGACACAUGGAGGUUUGCUCUUGUAAGAAUGUUGCUGGUUUAAACAACCCCUACCUCAGGGUGCUGAAGUUUCCAACAAUCAAGAAUGUACCGUCGAAAAUUUUAAUAAUGCGAUUUUUUCUGAUUCGUUGAGGUUCAGGAAUGCUACAGAGAAGGAAAUCUUUGGUCA